AAAACGACAUCCUCUCGUGCAAACAAGAUCAUACGACCAUUCAAAAACUUCUUCCAGAAAAAUCAACUACUCAAACCUUCAGGGUCACCAGUAAAUAAUAGUGUUAAACACAGCACACCCACUAGACCUCCCACCAAGGUAAGGAGGACUUCUCUCACUUGCUUUUAAUAAUAUUUGAAAUCUUGUUGGAGAAUCACAAAUGCAUAAGAACUAUAGUCAUGGUGUUACACAGUGACUCCUGUCCUAAUCUCAAUGCUCACUUACUGGGCAGCAGGAGCUGCAAUUGACGCGGAUCUGAUGGGGAUUGGGAAGCAGCUGACUUACCAAACUCCACGGGUGCAUAAGACAAAAGCAGGGCCCCUAUUAUAGUUCCCUCAAGCCAGAGAUUGCUCAUGCGAGAGGGCUGGACAAUCAGACUGGUGCUUCCCAAUAGAAACAGGGCACAGCAGUUGCUGGCUGAGAAGUAGGAGUUGCGAGGCUUUUAUGAUCCCUAUGGCUCCCCUAAAUUAGAGACUAUGUAGGUAUUGUGAGAAUCAGAGUGGUCAGAAGUGUGUAAUUCUUAGUCCUGCUACAGAAGACCCAUUUAAGUUAAGUAAUUUCCCUGAUAAUAUCUUUUAUAUUAAGCCGGAAUGCUUUUGGCCUGUUACUACUGCAUAACCUAGAUUCGUACACUCCUGAUUGUUUGUUUCAUGAUCCCUGUAUGUAUAUCUGGGAAGUUGCUCAAACUAAAAGGGUCUUUGUAGCAGGAUUAAGAUCUUCACAUGAGAUUCUGAAGAACUGCAACAAGAUGUACAUAUAUAGCAUCAGGUUAGUGGACUGCAGUCUUACUUCACAGAAAGUAGCUUUGCAGGCUUAUAAAUCAUUGGACUGGUUUAUUGUAAGAUCAAGAUUAGCACUGUAAAUAUGGCCAGUUGAGGCCAACCAGCAAGAGAACCACCUCCUCUUGUAAUGUGGUCUGAUCUGUUUACCUUACUACUUGGGAAACAAAGUUGGAAGACAGGCCACAAUAAAUCUGCAAGAAAAUACUUCACCUUGUUCAGACUCUUCUCUUGUCUGAAACAGAACUAAACUCUUUUUCAUGGGGUGAGGUGAAGUCCAAUAAAAUAAAAUUUAAUAUUGAAGACCAUUUUGUCCAUUAAUCCUAGCGUCUUGAACAUCACUAAGGCAGCAACUAGAGUUUGCCUUCAGCCUACCUCUCCCUAAGUUACUACUGGUGAGGUAAAGAAGCCUCUUAUUUGGGCCCAGUUGUAUCGUACCAUUGUAUGUGAUCAUUGUUAUAAUUUUAUGUGUUACUGUUUUUAUAACUUAUGUACUGUUUUAUGUUAUAUGCUGCACCAUGGAGUGCCUUUGUAAGCUUCCCUGAGUCUCUUCGGGAGAUGGUGGCAGGAUAUAAAUAAAGAUGAUGAUGAUGAUGAUACUUCACCAAGGCAGAAAGAACUACUUUUAAGUAUGACUUGGCUAGCUAGCACUUUGAUUUCCCUAAACGGAACAAUUUCAUCUUUCUUUUUUCAUAUUCAUCCUACAAAGGGCGAUUUUGUUGUAAGUAACUAUUUUUUCUUAUUUUGUGGGUUGUGAAGCUUGUAUGGUGAAUGGUUUCUAAAUACAUGACUUGAAUGCAGACCUUUUCUGGGGUGUUUCAUGUUUAUACUGCUACACCACUUGGUUUCUUUUAACUCACAGCAGGGACAUUACUUAAAAUAUACUGUGCUGACUCUUGGGAGUGUAUUGUACUGUAAUCUAACCUUUUGCAUAUCUUAGGAAAAACAGCGACGGCGUCUGGAAAGUCUCAGGAAAAAGCAGGAAGCAGAGCAGCAGAGGAAGCAAAAAGUGGAGGAAGAAAAGAGACGACGAUUGGAAGAAAUAAAAUUGUAAAUAACGGUAUCUAGAUUUGCAAUAUAAUGUAGGUGAAUGCAGCUACUAUUGGCACUAAGAAAGCGUGAAGAAAGGCUAAGAAAGGCACUCCAAGCCCGAGAGCGGGUGGAGCAGAUGGAGGAAGAAAAGAAGAAGAGACUUGGACAGAAGUUGUCUCAACAGGAGGAAAAGAGUGAAAAGCAUGCUAUUGAAACCAUGAGGACAACACCAAAUUCACAGAAGGCCAGCAUGACUGCAAAUCUCCAAGCUCAAGAAGAUCAGCAAAAAGGAGAACACAAGGUGGGCAGCCCUGAAAAGACUGAAGAAAUUCGAAAACCAUCCCAGAACGUUGGAUUAUCAAAAAGAAAUGGUAACCAGGCAAGUCUGCAACAUGAAAAAGAUCUGACUAUUUUUGCAGAGAAUAUAUCACCUUGUUGCCGUGUGACUAGGUCUCGUGCUGCCAGGUCAGCCAGGACCUCAGAAAAUUCUGUUAAGAAACCUACGGUUCCUUUAGCUAAAGGGAGGAUAGCACUAGUGGAAAUUAGUGCUAAUGAGAGGCACAGUGCUGAAUUGCACUUUAAAAAAACACCACCCCCGGAAAAGAAGGUUUCACUGAGCAUCCCAUUGUCAUCUCAAGAGACCUCUACAAACAGAGAGCAACCUCUGUCCAGAGUUUCUUUUAUUGUGAUCCUAGCUACCCCUGAAGCACAAAUAAAAAAAAAGGGGCGAGGAGCCUACAAGCUGAAAAUUGCUAAUGGGUCAAUUGCCAAAACCACUAAAAUUAAAGAACCCAUCACAGAUGAGAAGACUGCAUGUGCUCAACAACAAGAGAAUUGUCAACCUUCUGAUAUGGAAGUCAAGUUGUACCUCAGUGAAGAUCCAUGGACACCCCGAGUACCAAAAGAAAAACGUCAGUCAGUGCGGCGAAGCCUAAUGGGUAGGCCAUCCCUGAAACGACGCAGCACCUUUCUGGUUGCACGGUGCUCACUAAGUGCCAAAAGGAAAAGAGCUGUCCAGAAAUCUAUGUUGAAGCGUAAAGCAUCCCAGCAGUCAUCCAGUGCUUCUGGGCACCCAAGCUCCCCAGCAGCUGUGCAUUCAGAAGAUGAAGAAACAUCAACCGAAUCUACGUCAGAGCUAGAUCCCUCUUCUGAUUCUCAAGGGCAUGCUAUUGAAACCAUGAGGACAACACCAAAUUCACAGAAGGCCAGCAUGACUGCAAAUCUCCAAGCUCAAGAAGAUCAGCAAAAAGGAGAACACAAGGUGGGCAGCCCUGAAAAGACUGAAGAAAUUCGAAAACCAUCCCAGAACGUUGGAUUAUCAAAAAGAAAUGGUAACCAGGCAAGUCUGCAACAUGAAAAAGAUCUGACUAUUUUUGCAGAGAAUAUAUCACCUUGUUGCCGUGUGACUAGGUCUCGUGCUGCCAGGUCAGCCAGGACCUCAGAAAAUUCUGUUAAGAAACCUACGGUUCCUUUAGCUAAAGGGAGGAUAGCACUAGUGGAAAUUAGUGCUAAUGAGAGGCACAGUGCUGAAUUGCACUUUAAAAAAACACCACCCCCGGAAAAGAAGGUUUCACUGAGCAUCCCAUUGUCAUCUCAAGAGACCUCUACAAACAGAGAGCAACCUCUGUCCAGAGUUUCUUUUAUUGUGAUCCUAGCUACCCCUGAAGCACAAAUAAAAAAAAAGGGGCGAGGAGCCUACAAGCUGAAAAUUGCUAAUGGGUCAAUUGCCAAAACCACUAAAAUUAAAGAACCCAUCACAGAUGAGAAGACUGCAUGUGCUCAACAACAAGAGAAUUGUCAACCUUCUGAUAUGGAAGUCAAGUUGUACCUCAGUGAAGAUCCAUGGACACCCCGAGUACCAAAAGAAAAACGUCAGUCAGUGCGGCGAAGCCUAAUGGGUAGGCCAUCCCUGAAACGACGCAGCACCUUUCUGGUUGCACGGUGCUCACUAAGUGCCAAAAGGAAAAGAGCUGUCCAGAAAUCUAUGUUGAAGCGUAAAGCAUCCCAGCAGUCAUCCAGUGCUUCUGGGCACCCAAGCUCCCCAGCAGCUGUGCAUUCAGAAGAUGAAGAAACAUCAACCGAAUCUACGUCAGAGCUAGAUCCCUCUUCUGAUUCUCAAGGGAACUCACCUUGUAAUUCAUAUGAGAUGACACCACAGAGCCACAAGCACCCCAAGGUUAACAUUGACGAUUAUGGGAUGGAUUUGAAUAGUGAUGACUCAACAGAUGAUGAAAGCCAGCCACGCAAGCCAAUCCCUGCAUGGGCUUCUGGAAAUCAACUGACCCAAGCUGUCAUGCACCAAUAUUACAAUCCAUCUAAUGUCAGGAGGUUAUUUGGUGUUGUGAAAUGUCCAAACCUGGAAGAAAUCUUCUAUAAGAGCAAACCACGCUAUUUUAAACGCACCAGUUCUGCAUUUUGGAACUCUCCACCAUUCCCAGACUGUAUCAUCUAAUUUCAAGUGAUGGUGAUAUAUUUCAGAGCUGUUUGAUAUUUUAAACAUUUUAAAACUGAUAUUUUAAACUGGUUUCACCUUAUAAUGUUAAUAAAGUUUUUUCUAUUUGAAACUCUUAA